CGGCUUUGUUUUGUUCACAAAAUCACUCCAACAACAGCUCCAGUUUAUUUGGUUGGUUCUCGAGCUGUGAAUAUUGAGAUUAAACCAAACCAAGUUGCGGUAGUUGUUGUAUAUUUUCUGUACGCUAUCUUUUACUAGGUAUCUUGACUUCUGCUACAGAACUGCAAUACAAUGCCAAAAGGUACGCUGGACAUUUGUGAAAAGUACUAUGGUACGAAGGAUAUUUACGAACUGUUUGGUGUAGAUAAAGCGGCAUCGGAACAGGAAAUCAAGAAAGCAUACUACCGGUUGUCACUCAAAACGCAUCCAGAUCGUGUCCCGGAAUCGGACAAGAAGGAGGCGACUGAAAAAUUCAAGAUUUUAAGCAAACUGUACAGCGUGCUCAGCAACAAAGACUCCCGGGCUGUCUACGACGAAAGGGGCACGGUCGACGAUGAUGAUGAUGCGGGUACCAACUGGUUGGCAAGAUGGGCACAGUUCUUCAAACCGCUCACAACUGAGGACAUUGAUAAUUACAAAAAGUCCUACAUCGGUUCGGAAACAGAACGGAGUGACAUCAAGAAGACGUACCUCGGGGGCAAAGGGUGCAAGAACUAUAUGAUGCAGACCGUUCCGUUCAUGACGUGCGAGGACGAACCACGGGUGGCGGAGAUCGUACAGAAAAUGAUCGACGACGGGGAGGUUCCGGAGUACGAAAGCUUCACCAAGGAGGCGAAGGCGAAGCGCGCCCGUCGGCACAAGAAGUACGCACGCGAAGCGGCGGAACUCGCAGCGGAUAUGCGGAAGCAGACGGAAAUAUCGUCCCUAGAGAAGCAGCUGGCUGAACGCAGCGCACAGCGCAAAGGUGCGUUUUCGUCGCUCCUCGAAUCGCUGGAGGCCAAGUAUUGCAAUGGAGCCGAGGAGGACGAAGAGCUGUACGAUUUUGAGGAGGAACAGAAAAAGCGAGAAAGAAAACGCACCUCAUCACGCGGAGCGGCCAAAACGGCUACCAAAGCUAAGGUAACACGAAGAGGAUCUAAGUGAGGCCCCCAUAAAUCUGCUUUUAUUUGAAUGUAAACGGAUUUUGAUACACAAUGAACAGAUCAUUUCGACAAGUCGAUCAUUUGCGUUGCGAUAUAUCCACGAAUUGACAAAUUCACAAAAAAAUCCUAUGCUUAAAUUUUACGUUUCGAUUCUCAACACAAAUAGUCGUGAAAUAAAUUUUCAUCAUAUCUU